AGUGAACAAUAAAUAAAACAGUGAUUACUAAAGCGCUUGCCUAGCGUAUUGUCGCUCCAAUGUAUGGUACAGUCAGUGUUGAAGACCUAAUAUUAAUAACAUCAUACAAGAUUUUUUUAAUGUUUGGAGUUAAGCUAAUGCCAUAGAUAACAUGAUAACUUUUCGAGUGACUAGUGCAAAAAUAAAUUGAAUCUGUUCAAAGGUGUGACCGCAGGAAGUGGCACAAAAUGUGCGGAACAUUUAGUUGUUUGUUUUUGUUCUGCUUGUUAAAUGUGGCACAAAGUGUCAUUGGUUAUAGAGCAUACCGAAGAUGUGGUAAUGUCCAUCUUACAGUUUCAUCAGAUCCACAAUCCUACAUAGAGAUAAACUGGAUUACGAAUUGUGAAGAGGGUGAAGUUCGACCUGAAUACAUUGCUUUAUAUCCAAAAAAUAUAGUGGAUAGAGAUGAAGGUGUGCAGCCAUUAUUGAGGCUGAAUGCGUCAAUGAUUCCCGGUGGCUACUUCAAAACUAGAAUAAAGUUCAAUAUACCCUGGCUGCCAGGAAACUGGAAUUACAAUGUGCCGUUCUCAAGACCAGAAUCGGGCCCUCACUGCUACCCAUUUUGGGUUGUUUCUUGGAGGGGUGAUCAAAUAAUUGAUUUCCGAUGUCUAGGCAUUCAACCUACAUGGAUGAACGAUAAUAGGAUGAUACUUGGCAAGAAAAAAAUAGGAAGUCUUAUAAUUCCCGGAACGCAUAAUUCGGGAUCGUUUAGUGGGAUUCCUCCAUUUUUAGAAAAUUACAUUUUAAAUCAAGAUAGACCAAUUUGGAAUCAAUUAGUCCAUGGAAUUCGUUAUCUAGAUUUCAGAAUAGGAUAUUAUGAGAAUGAAGGAUAUUUUAUAAACCAUGAUCUGGUUCGAGUCACCAAAGUGUUACCACUAUUUAGGGAAAUCAGAAAGUUUCUUGAAUUCGCUCCCAAGGAAGUUAUUAUAUUGGACUUCCACAGAUUUCCGUAUCCGUCAAAGUUUAACUACACGUUACAUAAAAACUUUGCUAAUUUAUUAUAUCAAGAACUUGGAGAUCUUGCUCUGGCACCGGAAAGUUUGCAAGAAGGAAAAGGACCGUCUAUGAAUGAAAUAUGGGCUAGAAAUAAGAAUCUAAUUAUAUGCUACUCAGACAGAACAACAGUCAGCGAAAAUAAUUGGUUAUGGGACCCACUUAUUCAAUACUGGGGCAAUACAAAGAAAAUUGUGGAACUGAAAAACUUCUUACUGAAAUCAAUAAGAGAGCGGAAAGCCACAUUAAAUCCACUCUGGGCUUUGAUGGCUGAAUUAACACCGCAGCCUUUGGAUUUAGUGUUCCGUACAAAUAAUUUGCGACAACUUGCUGAUGAAGUAAAUAAGUAUGUGACAAAGUGGAUCAGAGAUGAAUGGGAAGAUGACGUAAACAUAGUAGCGACAGAUUAUUUCUUAGGAAAUGAUCUUGUAAACGUCGCUAUAGAUAUAAACACAAAAUAGUAAUAAUAUGUGAUUUUAAGUUACAUGUGAAAAGUAUUUAUUUACUACAUAUGUUCCAGCACAUUAAGGCCAACAUAUUACAGUGUGAUUUUGUUAGAUAAUAUGUUAUCAUUUUGCUUUAAAACAUUUACUUGUAUACAUAACAAUAUUUGAUUCUUAUUUGUAGAUAGACAAUAGUAAAUUUUUUAUAAACUUUAAAUAUAUAAUGAUAAAAUAAUUACAGUAAACAAUUUUAUAGUAAAAAAAUACAUAAUUCAUAAAUAAUAUACUAAAGGCUUUUAUUUUUUAUGAAUUU